AUGGCAGCUAGGCGGACGGACGAUGCCAAGAUCGUGCGCCACGAGGUGGCGCCGGCGGCGGCGUCGCAGGAGGUCGUCGUCAUUGUUCUGGACAGCACUGAUGAGAACGAAGAAAUGAUCGUCGUCGGCAAGGGGAAGAAAGGAGGCGGUCGAGUCGCAGAAGAAAACAGGAAGGAAGAAAUACGGGAGAAGCCAGCGAAGCAGAAGGAGAAGGAGACGAUCGUCACCGUCAUCGACGAUGACGACGACGGCGAUGGGAAGGUGAAGAAAGGAAGCGGUCGAGUCACAGAAGAAAACAGGAAAGAACUACAGGAGGAGCGAGCGAAUGAGAAGGAGGAGGAGGAGGAGGAGAGGAUGCCAACCCUUGAUGGCAACGACGGAGAAUCGCCUAACAAGCGUCUCCUGAUUAAUUUCGACGAGGCGAGUAGGGUCCAGCUCUUGCGUCCUGAAACGACGGCUGCCGACGCAGAUGAGUGGCGCAUAUUGGACGAGGACCGUUACGACUUUGGCUUCUACUUGCAGUUGGCGCGGUGCUGGGAAUGUGACCAGCCGGGCCAUCAAGCUCACGCCUGUCCGAAUAAGAGGGCGCCGGUGUGCUACCUGUGCGGCGGAGGGCACGUCAUUCAGCGGUGCCGCCGCGUGUUCUGUAACAACUGCCUGGCGCCGAACCACACGCAGCGCACCUGCUCACGGCCGCGCAAGCACCGCCUGCUGUGUCGUCGCUGCUUCAUGAAGGGCCACGAGAUGCAGGACUGCCCUGAUCAGUGGCGCAUGUACCAUCGCACGACGGUGGCGGGUCCUGUGGAGGAGCGAGAGGACGGAGAACGUGCUAACGCGAACUCUUGGUGCUGCAACUGCGCAACCAGCGGUCACUUUGUAUUUGAAUGCUUUAUGUCACUCAUGGACAGAGACAUGAUGAGAACCACUCAGUUCGUGAAAAGCUACAAGGAAAUUCACGGGCAGAAGAGAAAACUAGGUGCGUCAGAGGCAUCUGGCAACAUACAGCCCGCAAAGAGACGAUGGUGGGAAGACACUGAGGAAGACGUGAGAAGGAGGAAGGACCGUGAGGAAGCCGUGAGAAGGGAGGACCGUGACGAAGACGUGAGAAGGAGGGAAGACCGUGAGGAAGGCGUGAGAAGGGGGGAGAACCGUGAGGAAGGCGUGAGAAGGAGGGAGGACCGUGACGAAGGCGUGAGAAGGAGGGAGGACCGUGAGGAAGGCGUGAGAAGGAGGGAGGACCGUGACGAAGGCGUGAGAAGGAGGGAGGACCGUGACGAAGGCGUGAGAAGGAGGGAGGACCGUGACGAAGGCGUGAGAAGGGAGGACCGUGAGGAAGGCGUGAGAAGGAAGGAGGAGGCGGAGACCGACGGGUGGCGAGCACGAACGCGGUCGUCGGCGGCGACGGAGCGACAACAACUCCUUGUCAGCGUAGUCCCGGAAACGUCGUCGCGCCUCGUGGAGGCGGUCAAGCGGUCGCCUGCGAAGACCGUGCGAGAGCAGUCUCUGCAAGCCGUGGAGCGCUGCGCGAGGGACUUUAGCUCGGCGAAACUCUUCCGCGCGUCGUAAUCGCACGCGGCAACCGGUAGAGGGCGCCGGCGGCAGCACCGUCUGGUGCGUCUGCGAGCGCCGGUGAGGUCGCCAGGUGUCGCCGGCGGCGGCCGCGUCAGCGUUUCAACGGACGGGGUGACGACUGAGAUCGUCUGGUUGCUCGGUGGCUCCAUCUGGAGGAAAAGUAGAAUGCG